AUGAACAUGGAGAAAUCUUUAUUGGAACGAAUAGGCCAAGCGGAAGAAAACGCAACUAGAUUAACAAGAGCUCAAUCAGCGGCUUUAGAAAAAAGUAAGGCAGAGGGUCAAGGUGUAGGAGGAUCAGGAGUAUCCGGUCAAGAUCAAAGUCAAAGUCACAUACAAGAUCAAGAAGGAAGUGCUACAAAAGAAAAUGAAAAUUCUCAUAUCACAUCAAAAGAAGGAAGAACUCAAGACUUGAAGAAUUUAGAACAAAGAGAAUUAGAGACUUCGAUUGAUCAACAAAGGCAGACAGAAAUAGAAAAUGUCGUGAAUCAAAAUAGAACACAAGAAGGAGUAGAUGGAAUACCAUUUAUUCAAGUGACAAACGCGGACAAAUCAGAUGACGAAUCUUGGCGACCACCGAUGCGAAAUCAAAAAGGGAAAGGUUGGAAGGAGUCAUCACCACCGUCUGAGGAAGAAGAGAUGUCAAUCAUAGGUAGUGGAUCAAUGGAAUCAACAUUACCACACACCGAAUGUCAUACCGCAAGAGGUAGUAGCACAGUUUUCUGA